AUGGCUGAAACGGCGGAGCUGGAUGCGCGCAUGACCUCGAUCAAGCCUCGCCUGAAGUACAAUACUAUUGGAGGCGUCAAUGGUCCUCUGGUCAUUUUGGACAAUGUCAAAUUCCCACGAUACAACGAGAUUGUCAGCUUGACUCUACCAGAUGGCUCUGAAAGAAGCGGUCAAGUGUUGGAGGCAAGAGGUGACCGUGCAGUUGUGCAGGUAUUUGAAGGAACUACUGGUAUCGAUGUCAAGAAGACAAAAGUCGAAUUCACCGGACACAGCUUGAAGCUUGGUGUGUCGGAAGACAUGCUGGGUCGUGUUUUCGAUGGAUCAGGAAGAGCUAUAGACAAAGGCCCCAAGGUGUUGGCAGAAGAUUAUCUUGACAUCAACGGCUCGCCGAUUAAUCCAUAUUCAAGAGUAUAUCCAGAGGAAAUGAUCAUGACAGGUAUCUCUGCUAUUGACACAAUGAACUCGGUCGCUCGUGGUCAGAAAAUCCCUAUCUUCUCCUCCGCCGGUCUACCUCACAAUGAAAUUGCUGCCCAGAUUUGUCGUCAAGCAGGUCUAGUGAAACAGCAGGCUAGCAAGGGCAUACACGAUGACCACGAGGACAACUUCUCUAUUGUCUUUGGUGCUAUGGGUGUGAACAUGGAAACUGCAAGAUUCUUCCAAAGAGAUUUUGAAGAGAACGGGUCUAUGGAGCGUGUCACACUGUUCAUGAACUUGGCCAACGAUCCUACGAUUGAACGUAUCAUUACCCCUCGAUUGGCUCUUACAACAGCAGAAUACUACGCUUACCAGCUUGAAAAGCACGUUCUAGUCAUCUUGACGGAUUUGUCCUCCUACUGCGAUGCCUUGCGAGAAGUUUCCGCUGCCCGAGAAGAGGUGCCAGGUCGACGUGGUUACCCAGGUUACAUGUAUACCGAUUUGUCUACAAUCUACGAAAGAGCUGGUCGUGUUGAAGGUCGAAAUGGCUCAAUCACACAAAUACCUAUCUUGACUAUGCCUAACGACGAUAUUACACAUCCUAUUCCUGAUUUGACAGGCUACAUCACGGAGGGCCAGAUCUUCGUUGAUCGACAGCUGUACAAUAAGGGCGUCUACCCUCCAAUCAACGUCUUGCCAUCCCUAUCCCGACUGAUGAAGUCUGCUAUUGGUGAAGGUCUGACGCGUAAAGAUCACGGCGAUGUCUCAAACCAGCUAUAUGCCAAAUAUGCCAUUGGUCGAGACGCUGCAUCCAUGAAAGCUGUUGUUGGUGAAGAGGCUUUGUCUUCAGAAGACAAGUUAUCGAUCGAGUUCUUGGAGAAGUUCGAGAGAAAUUUCAUCAAUCAAUCGCCAUAUGAGAAGAGAAGUAUCUUCGAUUCGCUUGAUCUUGGCUGGAACCUGCUCAGGAUCUUCCCGAAGGAACUCCUUAACAGAAUACCAGCUAAGGUGCUUGAUGAGUUCUAUGCAAGGAAGGGAAAGGGUACUGACAAGAAAGGCAACAAGGAUACGAAGGAUAACACGAAGGACGGCAAGCAAGUCAACGGAGAUAGCCAAGAUUUGCUUGACUGA